GUAUGAAAGAUUUCUUCAUUUUAGUUUGAACAACGAAUUUUAGCUCGUUGUUUACAAACAAUCGUUCAUUUAUCAGCUGCCUCUUUCGGCAGUGAGUCUCGAAAGGAAUUCUCGAUAUGUGAUCAGGCUCAACGAAAUUGCGCAUGCGCCGUCUCCUCGCCACCGGCACCAGGGGGGCACCGACUGGCACUUGUCUCGCUCGCUAGCUAGCUAGCUGCAGCUACUCACAUGGAGCUUUCCUAAACGACAUUCUUCAGUACAUAUUCUGUGUUGUUCUCUUUGCUAGCCGUUUUCAUAGUCUGCUAAGUAAGUCAAUAAUUGUUAACUGACACUUGAACGAUAACUACCGUUGGCUGGCAUGUAGUUAGCCAUUCAGCUACAACCACGGGGCGUGUUAUUAUUAUUAUUAUUAUGAUUAUGAUUUCAAUUUGUUAGCAAUAGCAUUGUGACAGUUAAGCCGCUGUGUUUUGAUAUGUCACCUCGAUAUCUCUGUAGCAGUUGAUUUGCCAGCCUGUUCCCCUCUCAGCAUGGCUGAAGACUCGAUGGAAAUCGAUGACUCUCUUUACAGUCGCCAGCGUUAUGUGUUGGGAGACAGUGCAAUGCACCAGAUGGCCCAGUCCGCAGUGUUUCUCAGUGGAAUGGGAGGGCUGGGAAUAGAGAUAGCAAAGAAUAUUGUCCUGGCUGGCGUGAAGGCUGUCACCCUUCAUGACAUAAAGCAGUGUGAGACCUUUGACCUUGGCUCCAACUUUUUUAUUCACAAAGAGGAUGUGUUGAGCCAGCGGAAAAGGGCAGAGGCGGUUUGUCCUCGAGUUGCAGAGUUGAACCCCUAUGUCCAUGUUGACACAUCCACCUCUCCUCUGGAUGACAACACCGAUCUCAGCUUUCUCCUAAAAUAUCAGUGUGUGGUUCUGACGGAAGCAAGACUGAGCCUUCAGAAGAAAGUGAACGAGUUCUGCCACUCGCAGCGCCCCCCCAUCAGAUUCAUUGGCUCUGACACAUAUGGCAUCUGUGCGCGGGUGUUCUGUGAUUUCGGAGACGGGUUUGAAGUGUCCGACCCCACAGGGGAAGAGCCCAAAGAGAUUUUCAUCCAAAGCAUCACUCGUGACAAUCCUGGUGUGGUAACCUGUCUGGACAACCAGCCUCACGGCCUCCAGAAUAGCCAGAGCGUCGUCUUCAGAGAAGUCAAUGGCAUGGUGGAACUCAACGGCACCUCACGAAAGGUUUCAGUCCUUUCCCCUCACAGUUUUGCAAUAGGAGACACAUCCCAGCUACAAGCAUAUGCACACGGAGGUUUCUUUGUCCUUGUGAAAACCCCCAAAAUGUACACAUUUGAAACACUCGAGAGACAGUUGUGGGAUCCUCAGGUCUUGACUCCAGACUUCAGUAAACCAGAGGCACCACUACAGAUCCAUGCUGCCAUGUUUGCUCUGGAAUCCUUUCAGGAACAGCACAAUAGAUUUCCCAACGCUGGCAGCUGUUUACAGGACGCUGAGACGUUACUGAAGUUAACCGAGGAAGUGAAUGCAACACUCAGGAACAAAGCUGCUGUGAAUGCAGAGUUGGUGCAAUGGCUGGCGAGGACGGCGAGGGGGACCCUUCCUCCAUUAGCGGCUGCCGUAGGAGGCCUUGCCAGUCAGGAGGUUCUUAAAGCCAUCACAGGGAAGUUUGCACCCCUGCAGCAAUGGUUUUAUUUUGAUGCCAUUGAGCUAGUGAAGCCACUUCAGUCUCUCCCUGCUGAUGAGUUUCUUCCUCGGGGAGAUCGUUAUGAUGGACUGCGAGCCUGUAUUGGUGAAUCGUUGUGUGGGGAGCUGCACAAGCUCAGGGUCUUCAUGGUGGGCUGCGGUGCCAUAGGCUGUGAAAUGCUGAAAAACUUUGCCCUGCUUGGAGUGGGAUUGGCUCAAACCUCGGGAGAGGUGUGUAUCACAGAUCCAGACCUCAUCGAAAAGUCCAACCUGAAUAGACAGUUUCUUUUCAGACCACAGCAUAUACAGAAACCAAAGAGUACGACAGCGGCAGAAGCCACUCUGCAGAUUAACCCAGACCUGCAGCUGGACGCUCACCUCAACAAGGUGUGUCCCGCUACGGAGAGCAUCUACAGUGACUCCUUCUACGCACGCCUGAACCUGGUGGUCACCGCACUGGACAAUGUCGAGGCCCGCAGAUACGUGGACAGCCGCUGUGUAUCCAAUCAGAGAGCACUCCUGGACUCUGGGACCAUGGGAACUAAAGGACACACCGAAAUCAUUGUGCCAAAUUUGACUGAGUCCUACAAUAGCCAUAGGGACCCCCCAGAAGAGGAAAUCCCCUUCUGCACCCUCAAGUCUUUUCCUUCUGUCAUAGAGCACACCAUCCAGUGGGCCAGGGACAAGUUUGAGAAUGCAUUUGCCCAGAAGCCCUCCAUGUACAACUCUUUCUGGCAGACCCACACAUCGGCUGAAUGCGUGCUACAGAGGAUGCAGGCGGGUGAAAGUUUGGAGGGCUCAUUUGAAGUCAUUAAACUGCUUAACAGGCGGCCGCAUUGUUGGGAACAGUGCAUAACCUUGGCUCGGCUUAAAUUUGAAAAGUAUUUCAAGAGAAAGGCCUUGCAACUUCUGCAUGCUUUCCCACUGGACACGAGGUUAAAAGAUGGAAGUUUAUUUUGGCAGUCCCCCAAAAGACCACCAGCUCCCAUCGAUUUUGACUUAAAAGACCCCCUGCACUUCACCUUUAUUGUCAGCACGGCCCGGCUCUUUGCUGGCAUUUACAACAUUCCUUACUCAGAGAAGGAUCUUUGUGAACAGGCGGUGGCUGAAAUUCUCUCCCAUCUGAAGAUCCCCGAAUAUCAACCCUCGGUCAAAAGUAUUGAGACAGAUGAGGCGGCAAAGAAACCUGAUCAGUUGAAGAUGCCUCUUAGCAGCGAAGAGGAGAGAGUGGCCAUUAGGCAACUGCAGCACGCCAUUGCUGGCGACGUCAAAGCAGCCAGGUUGCGGAUGUCGCCGCUGGAGUUCGAGAAGGACGACGACCGCAACGGCCACGUGGAUUUCGUCACGUCCGCGUCCGCCCUCAGAGCCAAGAUGUACUCCAUCGAGCCCGCCGACAGGUUGAAGACCAAACGCAUCGCCGGCAAGAUCAUCCCCGCCAUCGCCACGGCGACGGCCGCUGUGGCCGGACUGGUGGCCCUGGAGCUGAUCAAGAUAGUUGGGGGCUUCGGCUUUGAAUCUUUGAAAAACUGCUUUUUCAACUUGGCCCUCCCGGUAGUGGUCUUCACUGAGCCGGCGGCUGUCAAACAGGCUCUCAUCAGGGAGAACAUCUACUUUUCCAUCUGGGACUGCUGGACUAUCAGCGGCCACGAGGACUUCACCUUGUCCGACUUCAUGAAUGCAGUCAGGGAGAAGUACGGAAUUGAACCCACGAUGGUUGUCCACGGUGUGAAGAUGCUCUAUGUGCCUGUGAUACCAGGACACACAAAGAGACUUAAACUGACGAUGCAGAAGCUGAUCAAGCCGUCGGCGGGCCGCCAAUACGUGGACCUCACGGUUUCGUUUGCUGCGGAGAGAGCCGAAGAGGAAGACCUGGCCGGUCCUCCCGUCAGGUAUUUCUUCAGCCGCGACGAACACGCGCCCUGACGUGGUACCGCGUCCUGUCUCCUUCAUGUACGCCGUCGGAAUGACCAGGAAGCCGUGCCGGGCGGCACACGCCGCCUCUUCGGCCUUGGUUCCUGGUUUUUUUUUUUUUUUCCCUCUGAUCCAAGCAGACGAACAUGAAGGUUCCCGGGUAGCACUUAACUGUACAUACAGUGUGUUCUCUCCUGUUUUUUUUUUUUUACUCUGAUGAUGAAGUGGACAGCGCCCCCUGUGCUGAUGCCUUAAUCAAGACCCCUUUUUGUUUGUGGUACUAAAGCCUGUUUAAAAAAACAAAGUGUUUACAGAAUCAUGUGCACUCCAUACACAGCCCCAGUUUUCUCAUUCGUGACCAGUCGUUGACGAUUGCCCCAUUUAAGGACUGUCAAGUUUGGUUUCGAGGUGGAGAUGCCGCCGAAGAUGCCCGUUAUUUCCCCCGUUCAACAAAAAGCCUUUACCCACACUUGCAAAUGAAGUCAUUGGGUGUUACUGAUGUUUCCCAAGCAUUGUUUCAUCCUCCUCUCAUCUAUGCAUACUUCGUAGUUGUAGUUGGACUUCAACGAACAGCAACAUUUUCUAGAUUUUUUAUUUUUUUUCCCCCUCCUCCCCCCAGGGUUUCUGUUUUUCUGGGUGUGCCAAUGUUGCGUUCCUGACUUGGUGUCUGUUUUUGUCGUGAGGACGGACUAUCAUGUUAAAGACGUUCGUAGUGUUGCACCGCCGUUGGAAGAUUUCCGAGAAAUAUUUUGUAGAGGAAUUGUUGAAGAAAAAUAACCUGGUGCUGAGUUCCACCUCCACACACCAACAUGCGUUUCCUUACACGUUUUAUUGAAAAAUGUCUGUUCCACAUGAUGAUUUGCAGUCAAUGUCCACAAUCUCAAAACAAAACACAAUGAGUAAUGUUGAUACUAUUAUCAGUAGUUCAAUAAAAAUGUGAGUUUUCAGGCUGUUAAA